CACCGCCACCUACCCUCGCCGCAGCGGCAGCGGCUGCCGCGGUUUUUAAUGAAAAGUACUAGCAGUUGUUAGAGUUAGACGUUUUGGUAGGAAAUCCAACAUGGGGUCAGGAAACCUAAUGGUGAAGAAGGUGGUGAGGCCCAGCUCUUUUGAUUUUGACAUACAGCUUGAUAAAAGUUGGACAGAGGAUGUUACUUGCCCAAUCUGUCUUGAUUACCCUCACAAUGCAGUCCUGCUAAGAUGCACAUCUUAUGAGAAAGGCUGCAGGCCAUUUGUCUGUGACACAGAUCAAACCCGGUCAAACUGUCUCGAGAGGUUUAAAGGUGCAUAUGAGCUCCCUGCUAAUAUGAAAGUUUCAACUAUAGCUGUGGCUCCUCUUGAUAGUAUACAUAUUGUUGCUCCUAAUGUCAACAACCGCCCAAGUUGCCCAUUGUGUCGAGGAGAUGUCAUUGGAUGGAUUGUUAUCAAUGAGGCUCGUCUACAUCUUAACCAGAAGAAAAGAUGCUGUGAGGAGGAUUGUUGUUCGUUCGUUGGUAAUUUCAAUGAACUUCAGAAGCACACACAACAAAAGCAUCCGGAUUCACGCCCUUCAGAAAUUGAUCCUGCUAGGCAAGUUGAUUGGGAGAACUUCCAGCAAUCUUCUGAUAUUGUUGAUGUGCUGAGCACAAUUCAUGCACAAGUUCCUAACGGAAUUGUUCUGGGAGAUUAUGUCAUUGAGUAUGGGGAUGAUGAAACUGGAGAAGAAUAUGAAGUUUUCAGGCGGGUCAGAAGGCACUGGUGGUCUUGCAUGUUUUUCAGGGGAUUCUCUAGAUCUUCGAGAAGACGAAGAAGAGCAAGAGCAAGGGAAAGAAGAGGCAGUGGAAGGAGGAACAACAAUCAGGCACAUCUAGAAAGUUUUAACCUUGAGGUUCCCACACAAUCUAUUGACUUGAGAGAAAUCAGAUUUGACGAAAUUGAUGACGAAUACAUAGUCACAGGGGCCACACCUAGUAUUGCAACACCUGGAAGAAUGGCUAGUUUCCAUUACAGGUUUGUAGAAAUAGUCUACUGUUAAUUGUUCCCUUGUAAUUGGAGCUACAUCUAUCAUUUUUGUAAGAACAAAUAACCACAUGCUAGUCCAAUGAGAAACAUUCAGGUUAUAGAGAACAUGGAAUACAAACAUAGUGUAAUUUUGGAGUCUUCUUGUCCCCGAUGAACUUUACAUUUAUAAUACAUUUUACUUGAGCUACCAUGUUAUGCACAGAAAAUACAGCCCUUCACAUUUCUUGCUCUUUGGCAUGUUCCAUGCUUUCCUCUUGAUGGCAAUAUGCAUAGUGAAAGCAUCUUUGAUGUAGCUACCUUUUUUUUCCUAUCUAUGGCAUUUUUAUGAGCUAGCUGUUAGGACUUUGGUAUGUUUUGGUGGGGUUAGUGAAGUUUCAGGUGAGGAUUUUAUUGCUUGAGACAUGCAUGUGCAGUACAAUGCUGAAAACCUGAGGCCACCUACCCUGAAAUUUUGAUUCCAUUCUGGAGAAAACAAUAUGAUAUUACAUUCUAAAUCUGCAUGAUAUGUAAAUAAUAUAUAUAUUGCAUUUUAAUACAUGACGCCAUCCUU